CCUCACCAACGGUCACUUUCCAACGGUUGAGGUCUCAUGCCCUCACUUCAUGACAUCAUCACCUGGGCACAGGCUGGAAGAAACCAUUGCAGCACAGAGGAUCGGGUAGGUGGUGUGCAAUCUUUGGGUGGAACUGGAGCACUGCGCAUUGGAGCAGAAUUUCUGAGGCGCUGGUACAAUGGAAACAACAACACCGCUACUCCCAUCUAUAUUUCUUCUCCUUCAUGGGAAAACCACAAUGCUGUUUUCAUGGAUGCUGGAUUUAAGGACAUCAGAGCUUAUCGCUACUGGGAUGCUGCUAAAAGGGGCCUUGAUCUCGAGGGAUUCCUGCAGGAUUUAGAGGUGAGCUGUGUUAUUCAUAAAUGGGUUCAAGCUAGACCCUUCAGAGGUGCCUUCAUUUAAUAUUAAUGUUAAGAU